UCAGCUCCUGCUCUUCAUUAUGCAGCUGUGACCAAAUAAUGUAAAUAUGAAGUGGUAUACAGAGGUGGAAUUAUUCUGUCAUCACUGAACAGACAACACAUGCCCUGUCCUCCUUCUGGAUGGGGAAACUCAAGUACAGAAAGAGAUAGUGAAUUGGCCUAAAUCAUACAAUAGAUGGUGAGUGGUUAUGUGAUUUGCCUGAGGUCACUGAGGACAUGUGUCUCUGAACCUUCCAUGGAAUUCAUAUCUCCUGACUCCAGAUCCUGUGCUUUAGCCACCAGAUCAUUCUUUGCUUUGUGCCUUAAAGAGUUCUGUCAUUUGCUGUGAACUCCUAAAAUGCUACAGAAUUGAGAGUACUGAUUGCACCACUUUAGCUCAGCAUUUUAACUUGGUGUCCAUCUAGAAAGGAUGAAUCAGGAGAGCAGCCCAAGUGACCACACUGAUGGCCAGGACUCACUUCUAUUGCUGAAAACCCUUCAGUCCCUCUGGACAAAGAAAGAGAUGAACAAGCUCAAGGAAGAAACCAGGCGGGGUUUUGCAGCUCUGGAAGACCCAUUGGCCGGACUCCUGGACAUGCUGGAGAGCAGCAGUGACUGGAAGGGGAAAGGGCACUCCCUGGGGUAUUACAUCACCAAUGAGUUGCAACUUUGGAUAAAGGAACAUCCUGCUGUUCAGAAGUCUGACUUGAGGCUGAAGAAGCUCCAGACCCGACUGUUCAGAAUACUAGCCCAGAGCCAAGUUAAUCUCCUUGACCCGCUGAUCAGCAUUUUUCAGCUACAUACAGCAGACCAGAACAAUUUGCUUGGACAUGUCAGUCACAUUUACCACAAGGGCAAGUACAAAGAGGCAGCCAUUCUGAGUAUAAAGCUAAAAUUACAGCUGGAUCUAGAUGUGGAGAAGAUGUGCACUCCAUUGCUACUUCAAGAGAAGACUAACCUAGUGGAGGCUUAUGUGGCAGAAUAUCCUGAUCUCCAGCGCAAACUCUUGCAGACCCUGGAUAUGUGGUGUGAACCUAGUUUUAAUACUACAGACAUCUCAAGGCAGUAUCAAGGUUUACGACCUAACAAACUCAACCAUAAAAUGCUAAGCAAACUGGUCUUCAGGCUCCUAGAACAAUAUAACCUAGAUCCAGCUCUCUGUCCGAAUGUCAUAAAUCAGCGACACCUAGGAUCUCUGAAAUAUCUCUUCUACAAGAGGUUUGUUGAGAAAACCAUGACUCAGGAGAAUUGGGCCGAUCAUGUUCAGAACACAGUUGGGGAGAAUCGAUGGCUACAAGAGCAGCUGAUUCAACUGCUAGUCAGCUACUGUGAUCUGAACACAGCAGCCAGGUGGGCUCUCCGCUAUAGCUUAUCUGAGAAGACCCUGCCUUAUGGAGUGGCCAAUGAACUUCAGAAACUCAGGGUCCAGGAGAGGGUAGAAGAUGCUGAGAGCAGAGUGGAUGACUAUGAAGAGGAUAGGAAGGAGGGUUAUUACCAGGUCCCCAUUCCUAGGGAGAACAUUCACUUUCUGCAGACAUGGGAAGAGGUGCUGAGGUGGAGGGAGAAGAUGCUGCAGCCUGGCCAGGUUGUUGGCAUCGACAUGGAGUGGAGGCCGUCAUUCGGCGUAGUUGGAAGGCCACGUGUCUCAGUGCUGCAGAUUGCUAUCGAGGAGCAGGUGUUUCUCCUGGAUUUGCUGCAGCUCCUCAAGCCAGAUGAGACGGAGGAACUUUCUCACUUUGUCCAGACCCUCUUCUCAGAUCCAACCAUCAUUAAACUAGGUUAUGGGAUGUCUGGAGACCUGCACAGCCUAGCUGCUACGUGCUCUGCUUUUAAAGAAAUGGAUAAGCAGGUGCAAGGCAUAGUGGACCUACUUGCAGUAGAUAAACAAUUACAGAAAUGCUGGAGGAAGAGCAGCCUUCAAGUUGACGUACUGUCACAAGAGAAGACCUGUGGAGACAGAGGGUUCAGGCAGUCGGAAAGAGGGCUCAGUCUGCUGGUGCAGCAUGUCCUGGGGAAACCUCUUGAUAAAACUGAGCAGCUCUCCAACUGGGAGAAACGGCCGCUGCGAGAGGAACAAAUCCUCUAUGCAGCCUCUGAUGCGUACUGCUUGCUGGAGGUGUAUAAGAAACUGUGUGAGGAUCCAUCAGGCUUUGGCCUGUGUUCAGAUCUCACUGAGAGCCUGGUGGGUAAACCUACCACAAAAUCCAGGGCAAAGAAGCAGCUGAAUCAACAAGAAAUGCCAUCACCUUCUGAGCAGCAAGCCAAAGUGAUAGGCAUGGAGGCCUUGAGCCCCCCGCCUUCCAUCUCCCCGAAGGAGUUCAGCGUGGUCUGUGAUAACAUGCUGCAAGGACUUGGGCGCCACCUUCGCUGCCUUGGAGUGGACGUCCGCAUGCUAGAGAAUGAUGAUAACCAUAGAAAAGCUGCUGAGAUUGCCAGGCAGGAUGGAAGGGUCAUUUUAACCUCUGGACUCCCAUAUCAGACACUACAGUCCCAGGUAGGAGAAGGAAGGUGUUUCUCUGUGGAUUGUUCAGAAAAAGCAAAGGAGCAGGCCCUCCAGGUUCUGAAGCACUUCAAUGUUCAAGUAUCCCUUGCAGAUGUCUUCAGCCGUUGUCAGCAGGGGUCGGCAACCUAUGGCACGCGUGCCAAAGACGACACGCAAGCCCAGUUGUGUAAUGGUGACAAAUAUUUGAAGAUCUCCAAAGACCAAAUGAAGCAACUGAUGCAGCUCAGUGGACUCUUAACAGAAGAAGAUGAUGCAGAUUGGCUGGCAAAGUCUGAAGAGAAACAAGAGACAAACCCAGCAUCUGACACCUCAAAAUCCGACUCCCCGCAGCCAGUUUAUAAUCCAAACUGCCAGUGGCUAGAAGACUCAGACCUCAAUGUGGAGACCCUGACGCUGGCCACAGGUGCCUCCCUUCAGCUAGCAGCCAUCCCGCCUGGGGUGCUGGGCAAAGCGGACCUAUCUUACUUCUACUGUUGCACCCAGUGUGGCAAAGUGUUCUGGGAGGGCUCGCACUUUGGGCGAGUGGUCUCUCAGUUUAAGGAGGCUUUGGGCACCGCAGAGGGAAGCCAAAGCUUUUACGAGCUGAGCUGAGGUGGAGGGUUCCUGACUAGGGACUGGGAAUCUCAGCUGGAUCCUGAUUCCCCGAUGAGCCACUGCGUCUUUAACAGGAAAUGGACUUUGGUUUGAUGUUAAGGGCUGGGAGUUUGGGACAAAGGGUGCUCAUGAAACUGUACUGGGCCAUGGUACCUACAGGCUGAUAUCAAAUGGCCUCCACGGAAAUCAUUAAAUCUGAGACGU